AGUAUAUUCCCCUGUUGUCAGUCCCACAAAACCCUGGACUUGUUCGAAAGACGGCCACUUCUCUAAUAGUCUAAACCCUACUAAUUCAGGUUUGUUUGGUUAAUCCGCCACCAUGGCCACCGUCGCCGCUCGGACUAUGCUUCGUUCCGCCACUACAUCUGCCCGUACUGCGGCGGCAAAAGUAGUUACUGGUGCCAAGCCCAAGCCCGCUUUUUCCCCCUUUAGCAUUCCCACUCAAAAACCCCUCUCCGCUCGCAUCUUCAGAUCGCCGGUUGAGAUGAGCUGCGUUAGCUUGGAAUCGAUGCUUCCAUAUCACACUGCAACCGCCUCAGCAUUGCUGACUUCGAUGCUCUCCGUUUCUCCUCGGAGUUACGAUUGGGCUCUUGAUGGGAAGGAGAGGACUAGCUGAAGAUUGAAAAGGAGGUGAUUGGGGCACCAAAUAGAUGGCUACUCGCACUUUGAAACACCAACCUGAGACUUAAACCUCUGGCAGUGUCUCAGCGUGAUAGGGACAACUCUACGAAAAUGCCUUCUCGUGGUUUCUCAUCAUCAUCAUUUUUCAACCCGAUUUUCUCAAAUGGUAUCUUGCCAGCAGCACAUACGGAUGAGCGGUCAAAUUUUUUGUCUAGUCAUUUUGUUUAGCAGCAACCGUAUGUUUGUUUAACAAUUAGAAGUAGUAUGCUUCGAACAAAUUACAGCAUUACCCAGUAAUUCUAUCAGUUGUUCUUAUGUCUCCAUAUUUGAAAGUUGUUGAAGGUUUGCCAUCUGGCUCAAUAUACAAUAGUCCAUAAAGAUCGAAUCCACUUUUGGCAUAGAAAGGUCUCUGUGUCACUUUGUUAA